AUGUUAAAAGGUACCUGUGACUUGGAUGAUAUCAGUGAUGAUGAUUUUGUAAGUGAGAAGCAAAUAUUUCAAGGGUCCAAUAAGACAAUCCUAAGCCUCGAAUCAAUUCAUGUUGUUAAAGGUAUUGACAAGAAUGUUAAGAAAAGAAUUGAAGAAGGAAAAGUAUAUCUAAGUGAUAUAAGUCCCGUAAAAAAUGCAGAAAUAGAAGAGGCAUUUUUGAAAAGUUUAUGUGAUAAUGCUUUGAAAAAUAAUAUUAUUAGCAAAAAAAGAUAUUACAGCAAUAAGUCAACGAAAGAGUUAAAUAUAAAAAUUGAAGAGAAUUAUAAAUGUUUUAGUUUAGAUAAUUCGAGUGCACAUAGUGCUGGAGGCCAUAGGGAGGGAAAGGGCAACAAGGAUGGCAAUGAUUACAACUAUAACAACAAUAACAACGAUGAUGGUGAUAAUAAUAGCAUAGGGAGUAUGGCGGUCAAGCGGAGUACCAGUGGUGGUAGCGAUGAGGACAUAAAGGGUAGUAAAAAAAGCCAUAAAAAAGAUGAUAAAAAAGACAAUAAAGUAGACGAUAAAGUAGACGAUAAAAGAGAUGCAAUGGAUGAUAACGUUGACCUGAAAAAUUGUAAUGGUGAAUACCAGAGUGAGUACAACAGCUCCAGGAGGAAAAGACCCUUAGCAGGGGAUGCUCAAGGUGACAGCUGCAAAGAGGAAGAAGAGGAGGAAUCACUAUCACCAUACUACAAUAAAAUUAACUCAUUUGUUAAAAGAAAUUUCUCGGCAAGUAUUUUUGAGAAAUGCUCAUUUAACGAUUUCCCAGAUUUACUAGAAAGAGAAACAAUGGAUUAUAUAAGAAAAAGAGAAAAAAAAUUGCAAAAAAAAAGAUUGAAUGCAAAUUUAGAAGCAUUGCGUUUGCAAUAUAUACCAAUAAAUAAUGAUAAAUUUAUGAAUAUUCCAAGAGAAAUUAAAGAAAAUAUUUUAGCUUUAUUUGCGUGCAUUAUAAUAAAGCAUAUUGAUUCAUUUGAUGAUAUAGAAGUUCAAAAUAAUUUAGAUGAGUUAUCAAAAAAUUUUUUAAAAAAAUUAUCUGAAUUAUUGGUAAUAGACUCAGUAGCAUAUCAAUGUAUAAUUAAACCAUUAGAACAAAGGGAAUUAAUAAGAGAUAUAACUGGAGAUAGAAAAAUAUAUCAGUUAUAUGAAAAACCGUUUGUUGAUAAUUUAUUAACUCAAAUAGAACAUCUUCAACCACUUAUUGACGUAAAAUUUAAAAAGGUUGUUGAAGAAUUAAAUAAUGAAAUGGAUUUUUGGCAGAAUGAUCAUAUAGAUGAACAACAUAAUAAUGAACAUUUAAGUGAUGACAAGGAAUACUCAGAUAGUGAUAUAUUAGAGGAUGAAGAUGAACUUGAUGAUAAUAAAAGCGAUAUUAAAAACUUAGCUUCCUUCCGUGGCAGCUUUAUUCAAAGAGAAAUUGAUGAAACAUACAGUGGUGAAGCCAUAAAUGACUACUUUGCUUUGAGUAGAGGUGGGGGAGGGGGGACUAACAACAUGAGCAGUCACACCGUACGAACCACAAGAUGCCCGGGAGAACUGCAGGGGAAGGUGCCAAACAGUAUAAGCAGUGGUAAACCUGCGCGAUAUGCGAAAGCUAGUCGAAGCAACCAAAACGAUCAAGUUGAGUCAGCUGGUCAAGUUGAGCAAGUUGAACAAGUUAGUCAAGUUAGUAGAGAACGGAGUAAAUGUGCACCGAACUCAAGCAACUGUGAUCAGCUCGCAAGUGAGGACCCAUGUAGUCUUGAUGAGGAAAAAAAGAUCACUAGCCAAAUUAGUAUCAGCGGAAAAGAUAAUACCACUGGGGCCCAAAAAUGUGGAGAAAGGGAGAGAAAGAAAGAGAGCAAGGAUGGGAGUGGAAGUAGGAGCAAGAAUGGAUACGAUAAUGGUUGUGAGAACGAUGCGAAUAAGGACGAAGGAUAUUGCGACGGUAAAUGUAUUAGUAAAGAGGAUGAUGAAGAAAAGAAUGGUGAUAAGAAUGGAAAUGCCAACAAACAUGGAAGCUUAAAUAACAACGAACAUGGCAACAAGGAAGGUUCGGGGAAGAAGGCAAAUAACAGCAAAUUGAGCUUUUAUAUUGAAAAAGACAUAUCAGAGAAAGCGGCAAUGGAUUAUGAGUGCAAAAGGGAAGGUGCAGACGACAUACAGUCGAGAAUAAAGACAAAUAUAAAAAAAUGUGAUACAUUCGAAUAUGACAACAGUAUAUAUGAUGAAAGUGAUAUUGAUAAGCACUUAAAUCAUGGAGUACCAACAAGAGGUCCAGAAGUGAAAUCUGUGUUACUAAGAGAUUUAAUUACAACAUAUAUAAUGACUGGAAAUAAUAAUGCACGAAUACAAUUAUAUUUUCAAAAAUUUGCAAAGUGUCUAAAAAUUAAUGAACUGUUAAUAUUAAGGAUAGAAGAAAACUUAGCAGCAGAUUUAAUAAAUGCAUUACAAGCAUCAACAGAUGAAACAUCUAAAAGGAGAAAAAUAAGAAGAAUGAAAAUAGCUGCAGCUGCUUUAGGUGGUGGUGCAUUAAUAGCAUUUACUGCAGGGCUAGCAGCACCAGGUAUUAUAGCUGGUUUAACAGCAUUAGGUGCAGGUGGUAGCAGUUUAACAGCAUUUUUAGCAUCAGCUAGUGGUUUGGCUUUUAUUGUUUCUUUAUUUGGUGCAGGUGGAGCAGGUUUAACAGGAUAUAAAUAUAGUAGAAGAAUAGCAAAUAUUAGAACAUUUGAAUUUAUUAUGUUAAAUGGGAAUAUUUCAAAAUCUUUAAGUGUAUGUGUAUGUGUAAGUGGAGAAAUUAAAACGGAUGAUGAUAUAACGACUCCAUGGUUAGAUGUUUUUCCAAAUUGUUAUUGUGAUUUAUAUGGAUUGAAAUGGGAAAAUCAUUUAUUAAAAACUUUAGGAUCGUUAAUUGAAACUAUGUUAUCACAAGAAUUUGCUAUAACAGCUAGUAAGAUAUGGUUACAGUAUACCAUUGCUAGCACAUUAAGUGCAGCUUUAACUUGGCCCUUAGCACUAAUUAAAUAUGCAUCAAAUCUUGACAAUGUAUAUUUAUUAAUAAGAGAAAGAGCUCAACAAGCUGGUCGUAUUUUGGCAGAUGCACUUAGCGAUAGAAAUACAGUUGGUCAAAGACCUGUUAUUUUAAUUGGUUACUCAGUUGGUGCUCGUGUAAUUUUUUAUUGUUUAAAAUAUUUAUAUUCGAAAAAAUUGUACAAUAUUGUAAGUAAUGCAAUUUUUAUUGGUUUACCUGCAACUACUAGUAGUAGGGUUUGGGAGAAAAUUAGAAUGGUUGUAACGAAUCGUGUUAUUAAUGUUUAUUCAAAGAAUGAUUGGCUGUUAGGCUUCUUAUAUAGAUACAUGGAAUGGAAGUUAAGCGUCGCCGGGCUUAUUUCGGUGAAGGUACCAAACAUAGAGAACUACGAUGCUAGUGGCAUCAUACACAGUCACUUGGACUACAAGAGAAAGCUCAAAGACAUACUUAAUUUGAUCAAUUUUGACAUGUAA